AUGCUGGCGGUGGGGCCGAUGGAUGGCACCCCCCGGCAGAGCGCCUUCCUGCUCAGCAGCCCGCCGCUGGCCGCCCUGCACAGCAUGGCCGAGAUGAAGACGCCGCUCUACUCAGCUGCCGCCGCCGCCGCCGCCUACCAGCUGCCGCCCCCGGCCGCUUCUGCAGCCAGCGGACUUUCCUCCCUCUCCUCGGCUCCUUCCUCGUCGUCUUCCUCCUCCUCCUCCUCCUCGGCGUCCGCCUCGCCUUCCCCUCCGCUAGGCUCGCCCACCGGGCUCAAGGCUCACGGCGCGGGGGCUCUGUCGGCGCUGGGCUCGCCCCCGCAGCAGCACUCGGCCGCCACCCCGCACGGCAUCAACGACAUCUUGAGCCGGCCGUCCAUGCCGCUUCUGGCCGCCGCCUCCUCCUCCUCCUCCUCUUCCUCCUCCGCCUCGCCGGCCGCCGGGCUCCUGGCGGGCCUGCCCCGUUUCAGCAGCCUCAGCCCGCCGCCCCCGCCGCCCCCGGGCCUCUACUUCAGCCCCAGCGCUGCUGCAGCCGCCGUAGCCGCCGUGGGGAGGUACCCCAAGCCUUUGGCCGAACUGCCCGGCAGGACGCCCAUCUUCUGGCCGGGGGUCAUGCAGAGCCCCCCUUGGAGGGACGCCCGCCUCGCCUGCUCGCCCCAUCAAGGCUCCAUUUUACUGGAUAAAGACGGCAAAAGGAAACACACGAGGCCGACGUUUUCCGGCCAACAGAUCUUUGCUUUGGAAAAAACUUUUGAGCAAACCAAGUACUUAGCUGGGCCGGAGAGGGCGAGGCUCGCCUAUUCGCUGGGAAUGACGGAGAGUCAAGUCAAGGUCUGGUUCCAGAACCGGCGGACCAAGUGGCGGAAGAAGCACGCGGCCGAGAUGGCGACCGCCAAGAAGAAGCAGGACUCGGAGACGGAGCGGCUGAAAGGCGCCUCGGAGAACGAGGAGGAGGACGACGACUACAACCGGCCCCUGGACCCCAACUCGGACGACGAGAAGAUCACGCAGCUGCUCAAGAAGCACAAGACGGGCGGGCCCAGCGCCGGCCUCCUACUCCACGCCUCAGAGAACGAGGCCUCCUCCUAG